AGCUAUAAUGUAGCUGUCAAAAAUCACUCGGCCCCCUAAAAAGCUAAACAUUUUGUUUCAAGGUGAUACACAAAUCUGAAAAUGGGUCUUGAACCCCUUGAAUUUGCGGAGUGUUUAACUGACAGUCCUGGUUUUCGUGAAAAACUCCACGAUCACGAGAAAGAACUUGAGAGAACCAGCAAAGCUAUCAAAGCCUUGAUUGGUGAUGGUAAAGAAGUCUUAGCAGCAUCAAAAAACUUAGGGAAAGCAUGUAAAGGCUUUGCACAGAAAUUAAAGGAUUUUAAAUUUGAAUGUAUAGGCGAGAAAUUAACAGAUGAUGAAGCAAGAAUUGCUGGCUCACUCUCAGAGUUUGGUACACUGAUAGCAAAUGUUGAAGAGGAGCGGGAAAGAAUGUUGCAGCAAGCACAAGAACAUUUUACUGCUUUAGAGGCAUUUAGAAAACAACAAAUUAACUCAAUUAAGGAUGAGAAAAGACAGUUUGAUAAAAACACUGCAAAGAUUUGUCAGUCAUUAGAAAGAUAUCUGAACCUGAAAGCUAAGAUGAAUGAUAACACAUUACAAGAGGCUGAUGCACAGUUAGAUUUAGAGAUUCGUGGCUUUAGAGAAGCUUCCAUGAAAUAUGUACUCAAGGUUCAAGAAGUACAGGAAAGAAAGAAAUUUGAUUUUAUUGAAACAAUAUUAGCCUUUAUGUACAGUUUAUUUACAUUUUACCACCAAGGUUAUGAAUUUAACAUAGAACUGAAAGACUACUCACAAAAUCUACAAAAAACAUUACAGAAGACAAGAGACAGUUUUAACAGUCAGAAAGAAUAUACAGAAAAUUUGAUGUUAAAAAUGUUGGACAACAGGUCUCAAGUUUACGAGGAUGGGAAACCUAUCACUCAAGCUAAAGGAGGAUGUACCAGAGAAGGCUAUCUAUACCUCAUGGAAAAAAAGAAUUACAGAGCAUCAAAAUGGAUGCCUAAACAGGCCAAAGAUUUGACAGAAGCCCUAGGAACAACAUGGAUUAAACAUUACUGCUGGUACAAAAAAGAGAAUAAAGAAUUACACAUACUUCCAUAUAACCAAGUCACAGGAAAACUGAGCCAGUCAACAACAGAAAAGUUAACAAUGACAUCUUGUGUUCGGAGAGCAUCACAGACCAUAGAUAAGAGAUUCUGUUUUGAUGUCCAUGUGUCUGACAGACCUGAUACAUUAACAUUUCAAGCUAUGUCAGAGUCAGACAGGAGGUUAUGGAUGGAUGCAAUGGAUGGCAGGGAACCAGUUUACAUAAAACCAAAGACUACUACAGAUGACUCUUCAUUAGAUGAUAUAGGAUUCCAGUUUGUAAAUAAAUGUAUCAAGACAAUAGAAGAUAGAGGUUUAGAAGAAAAUGGAUUAUAUAGAGUUGUAGGUGUAAAUUCAAAGGUCACCAAAUUAAUAUCAAUUGGUCUAGAUGCCAAGAAACGUGAAAAGAUGAAUUUAGAUGAUAAUACCCAGUUUGAAAUUAAAACAAUCACAAGUGCUAUUAAGAAUUACUUAAGAUCAUUACCAGAGCCGCUGAUGACAUACAAGUUCCAUUCACAAUUCAUACAAGCAGCCAAACAAGAAGCAAAGACAUUACGGAUACAUGACAUUCACACAUUAGUUCACAAAUUACCAGAGAAAAAUUUUGAAAUGUUACAAAUAAUAAUAAAGCAUUUAAAAACGGUAUCAGAAUCUUCAGACAAGAAUUUAAUGACAGUAGCUAACCUUGGAGUAUGUUUUGGUCCUACACUGAUGAAAGCAGAGGAAGAAACAGUAGCUGCUAUAAUGGACAUUAAAUUCCUUAAUAUUGUUGUAGAAAUUCUCAUUAAUAACUAUGAAAAAAUUUUUGGGUCUGCACCAGAUGAACCAGAAAUAGUAAAUACAGGUGAUACUAAGAUGGUUCCUAACAGUAAAAGAACAAUUAUCACAGACAGAUUUACUCCAGGUGUCAAUCACACAAUGUUGUCAGCAAAUACCCAAUCACCAACAACAUCACAACCAGUCUAUGCAAAUAAAGCUCCGCCUCCACCCAUAGAAAAGUUUAGACCUAUAGAGAAACCUAUAGAAUUUUAUAAUCCAGCAAUGGCAGAAAGCAGUAGUGGUAGUUCUGAGUCUAUAAACUCAAGUCAGUCUAAUCAUUUAUCCAACUCAAUACCAAUGUCAGAGAACCCUCGGAAACCUGUCAAUAUGUAUGGCAAUGCAGGAGUACCAGAAUAUGGCAAUGUUAAUGCAUUAGCAAAUAGAUUUGCAUUGAAUAUAGCAGGAGCAGAUAAUCCUAUGUUUGGAAGUGUGAAGAAACGUGGAUCCCAUGAUACCCCACAUGUCUCUAUGAAUUCCUCUGGAUUGAGCAUGACAGGAAGUUUAACAGGAAGUCUGACUGGUUCUAUAGCCAGUUAUCAAACAAAACCUAAGCCUAUCAAAAGAACUGUUAGAACACUGUAUCGAUGUGAAGCUGAGAAUGAUUCAGAAUUAUCGUUUGAACCAAAUCAACUCAUAUAUAAUGUUCGAGCCUCCAAAGAGCCAGGCUGGUUAGAAGGACAAUUAAACGGAAAAACAGGACUGGUACCUGAAAACUAUGUUGAAUAUAUAGAUUGAUGCAAUAUUUCUUUUAUAAUGCAAUAUUAAUCUGUGAUCAAAAACUGUAUGGAUACCUAGGCAAAUGAAGGAUAUAACACACAACAAGGAUUAUAGAUCCUUCUGCAGAUAAACAUAUAACUGGAUAGAAUAAUAUAUCUGCAUUAUACAGGCUUUUAUAGUACAAGAAAAUCCACAAAUUAGAACACUGCAUUCUUAGUUGUAAUUUGCUGGAGAGAUGUACUACUUACCUAGAAGUCUGUAGUCUGUCUGCUGAAUUAUAAUGAUGUAUUUAUAAUGAUUGGAUAGAUAUAGUGCUGAUUAAAUCUCGCCUUCUAUGUUCAUUUGUAUCAAGUGAGCAAUAUUACUUGAUAUGAAGUAGUAGUGAUAUGCUGAAUAAUAUCUAAUAUGAAUCAUGAAAAAGAAUCUUAUAAAUUAAAUUUUUUGUAACUGUUAUAAUCCAUUCUGUUAAAAUUUUAUCAGACAUUAGAUACUUACUUAAUUUAAUUUUCUAAUUUAACAGACUUGCUAUGUAGAUAUUUUUAUAAUAGUUAUACAGUAUUUUCACUAAAGAUACAGUGGGAAUCUAUACAAUAUUUGAAUCCAAAUGGCCUAGAUCAGCUAGACAAUUGCUCCAAUGUUUUGGUGACUAAUCAUUUAACCCUUUCCUUCAUAAUGACGCUUUUUAACGCCACCCCCUUUACUCCAUGAUGACGCCUGUGUUGUACCUUAACUGAAACGCUUUCACUAUGAAAUGUCUGCAUCAGACUUAAAAAGAAUUGUAUACAAUAUAUAAAGGAUAAUCAUGAGAAUAUCUGACUUAAUGAAAUUGAUGAAAUAUUCAAUUUUUCACAAGAAUUGAUACUUUAAACCUUAUGAUUUUAUUGAAAAAAUUUAACCGAAUCAAGUAUGUGAUGAAAAUAAAUUUCAUGGAGGAAAUGGUUAAUCAAAUUUUGUAAGUUCAAACCAUUGUACCUUUUUAAAUGACUUGCUAGCUACCCCCUCAUUUGUACCUCUUUUGCCUAGAAUAUGAUAGAAAAUUGAGUCAGAGCUUUGAGUGUUCCAUUGUAUUUUUAUAGAUGUACAUCAUGUUUUACAGAUUGCUUGUUUUUAAUGUAGAGAUUUUAUCAUACAAGUCUACCUCUGCUUGAUAUGUGUUUCAAUUUUUUUCUAAGUCGAAUUAUGAAAGAUCUAAAUAAUAGAAUGAAUUUGGAUGAACAUUUGAUUUUUAGACAUGCCCUACUGGCAGUGAGGAUUAGGAAAAUUCAUUGGUUAUUUGGUUUAGUUAUAAUAAUGCAACUUUUUCUUCAUAAUGGAAAUAAAUCUUUUGUUGAGAUUCUGAAUGGAAUCUAAUGUUUGAUGCUUACAAAUUUUAAGAAUUUCAGAAUACAGCUGCCUUAUCAAAAUAUUUCCAACCUCCUAAAUAUAAGUAGUUGAUUGAAAAAUUGUUUUAAAUUUCUAUAUCUUUACCUUUUCAUGGCUGUAUACCAUUGUCAUUUAAGAAUUAAUCAAUUUUUUAAUCCAAUUUUCAUUAUUAGUUCAAUUUUGAACUAUUUUGAAAUAUUAAUGUGAAUAAAAGAAGAUGUUUAACAUAUUUAAAUUGUUGGACAAAAAAUACAUCAAGAUAUAUAUGAUCUCUCUCUAAAAAAAAAAGGCAUGUGUCCAUACUAUAGGUCAUAAUCACAUUGAGUUAAUGCUUAUAAAAUUGAGAAUGGAAAUGGGGAAUGUGUCAAAGAGACAACAACCCGACCAUAGAAAAAAACAACAGCAGAAGGUCACCAACAGGUCUUCAAUGUAGCGAGAAAUUCUCGCACCCCGGGGCGUCCUUCAGCUGGCCCCUCUAUAAUAAUACCUACUAUAAUAGUUAUGAUAUAAUAAUGUGCAAUGUAUUCAUUGACUUUUGUGAAGUAGUUUCAUCAGUACCAUGUCUGAUUGGUUAUAUUGUGCUUUGAAUCAUUCCAUUUGUCAUUUAUGAUUGACAUGAUUAUACUAGUCAGUUAAGCUUGGCUUUCAUAUUUUACCAGCUUACUCUUGAGUCACUUCAGAUCAAACAGUUUUUCACACAAAACCAGCUUAUUCAAUCAUACACACUAGUAUAAGCUGUUAAGCCUGUCAUUACACGAAGUUUACUCAGUCACAUACUGAUCACUAGUUCUUGUAGUUUUCAACAACAACUGAAUAAAUAACAUCUUUGAAACUAGUUUUUAGGGGUGGUUUUUUUUCUGAAAAAAGGACCUAUCCUUUCAAAUAUUUUUGUUAUUAUUGUAAAUCAGGUAUUGAUAUGAAAAGAUAUUAUGAAUUGAAAGUUUGCAACUGGGUAUUAGAAUAAAUGUUGGUUCAUUUAAUAAAUUAAAUUAGCUUGUGUUUUAUGUUGAAGUCAUCUGAUACUGUAGAGUGCCUUAUUUAGGAAGAGUUUAAAUUUCACAAUUUCAAAGGAACCACCUGUCUUUUAAGUUUUAUUUUCACUUCUUUUUCGUUUCCUGAUUCUUCUCUUUUUAAAAUAAUUUACUGUUGGUGACAAUUUCAACUAUUUGUCUGAAUUUCAAAGUUUGUGAAGGGAACUUUCCUGGUAACAAUAGUGUUAUCAUAAAAUCUCAUCAAAGAAACAAUCUUCACCAUUGUUCAUGAUAAAAUAGAAGACAUUGUGUAUCUUUAAAUCUAUUUGUGUAUCAUUACAUUACUUUGUGUAUCUUUAUGUGACUAUGUGUAUCUUUAUGUGACUGUGUGUAUCUUGUGUGACUUUUUGUAUCUUUCUGUGACUCAGUAUGCUGCAGUGAAACAUAUUUCUCUUGAAAACUAAUCAAAUAAUAUUAUUUUUGUUCAUGGCAAGUUUUAUUUAUGCAAGCUGUGUUUUAUGGCUGUUUUAUAUCACAAUUUAUCAUAAUGUUAUUGUUUGUACAAAUGAUUUUUAUUCUAGUCUGGUUAAUAUUGUUUUAUUUACAAAGACGUUUUAGGGUACUCACAAAUUCUGAAGUCUUUCCUUCAAAUAACUUUACAAUAAUUUACAUGACAAUUAUCCAGCAGUAAAUGCUGUCAUUGAGAUUUGAUUAAAUCUUUCAUUGAGUUUAAAAGGUGCUAAAAAUUUACAGUAAUGAUGUGCUUGCAUCUACCAAACAUAUUUAAAAAUGUGUCUUUGUGAGAAAUUAAUUUUUCUAUGCAUGAAUAAGAACAUUAAGAUACUGUAAAUUAACUUUCAUAUUGCAAGACAUUAACUAAUAUGAAUAAUGCAACUAGGUGAAUACUACAAGGAUAAAAACUUGCAUUCUGAAAUUUGCACUUAAACAUUAGAUAUUACUUUGCUAAAAUUUCUGUCAAUUCAGUUUAAUUGUUUUCAUUACAAUGAUUAGGAAAGCAGAUUUUUUCCAGUAAUGACAUAGAAAUCUAAUAUGCUUAAUUGUACAUGACAAUCUUCUCAAAAAAAGAAAAAACAAGUGUUCUUUUAAUUUGAAUUAAAAACCUUCAUUUGAUUCCUUUAUAACUUUUAAAUAUAAUAAAGAACGCACAGGGAUCUUGCUUUUACAAACUUAUGUCAUGAAGUUUUACGUCAUUAAUGUCACACCAAACAGUUGUAUUAUAUAUAUAAACUCACACAUUUCGGAAAGCACUUGACAUGUGUGUCUUUUAAAGACACACAUGUCAAGUGCUUUCCGAAAUGUGUGAUUGUAGUGGAGACCGAAUGUUCAGAAAUCUGUUUGUAAUAUCUAGAAAGUAAGAUAUAUAAUUAAAAAUGUUAAAUAUUCGUUGUCUUGUUUAUUAGAAAAUAAUGUGAGGCAAUUUUAAAUAUAUCUUCCAUUGAAUGUCUAUCAUUCCAUGCCUGAAAAUAAAUGAUCAAAUCCCUAUCUAGAAUUAUAAGAAUAGAAUUUGAAUGAUGACAUCUGUUAUAAUUUUAUGGUACAAUAAAAAAAACUGUCAAGAAAAAUGCAAUGGAUAGAAUUUUGAUAUUUCAUGUUUUUCAAUUCAUUUUUCUCAUGCAUCUUUAACAUUGCUGACUUAAUGUAGUCUUUUAGUUGGUUAAACAUUUAGUAAAUUGAUCAGCUUGGUUUAUUAAUACAAACUGUAAUUUAUUAUUAUCUGAAUGCAAAGGCUGAAAUAAACUUACGGAGUGCUGUCACAAAUAUUUUUGUGUUAAUUGUUAUUGAUUAUGUUAUUUGUUUUUAUAUGUCAAUGAUUUGUUAUUUAUAUGUUCCUAUUUUGUUUUGUUUUGAAUAUUAAAGCAUGCAUCAAGUCAAAUAUCACAGCAGCAUUUUUCUGAACUGUAUAUUUGUUUCAUAUAUUAUCUUACUAGGAAAAUGGGUAACGUUUUUAAUUCUAUUUGACAGUUAAGGUUUCUUUGAUGAAAGGGGUUUUGCGUCUUGUUUUAUAGUUUGAUAAUUUAAAAUACAAACGUUCAUGCAAGUUGUAAGGUUCCUUUUGGAAAACUAUUUCCUAAUAUAUUGCUGCUGAUUAAAUGGAUUUAUGUACAGUUUAUUUUGUUUGUUUGGUCUGUUUUUUCGGCCAAUUGACUCUUACAUCAGUGACAUCUAAUAAUUAUGUAGACCUGUUUGGAUAUUCUCAACAUCUAUUUUUCUUCCCACAAAUCAAUUCAAUUGACGUAGAGCUUCUGUAUAUGAACAGUUUUGUUAUUAUGAAAAUUUGUCUCAAUUUCCGUAUCACUGUUAAGAUUUUAGAAAGCUUACUAAUUUUCAAAAAGAAAAAUUAUUAUGUUAUGACAAAAUUUGUUUAUUUGUUUCUAAAUCUAUACUUAUCAUGAACAUUGUACUUUUGUGUUCGUUGUCUCUGCCACACUAAACAUUAUGCAAUUUUUAUAUGUACUAUAUUUAUGUGAUACCUAUGUAUAUAUUAGCUUUGUGUACACAUUGUACAAAGAUUUGUACAUAUAUAUACAUGUCAGAAAUUAAAAGAAAGGGAAACUUA